AUGUCGGUUGGCAGUGAAGACGGGAUCCAGGACUGGGGUAUUGGCAGGAAACUGAAGCUCCGGUGGCAGCAUGUGGGCAACUGCUCCCUCUCCUGGGUGAUUGGCAGUGGCGGAGGAGGCAGCGGCGGCCCCAGCGCGGGCACCAGCUUCCCGCCGCCCGGAGUGAAGCUGGGCCGUGACAGUGGCAAGGUGACCACAGUGGUAGCCACUCUAGGCCAAGGCCCGGAGCGCUCCCAGGAGGUGGCUUAUACAGACAUCAAAGUGAUUGGCAAUGGCUCAUUUGGGGUCGUGUACCAGGCUCGGCUGGCAGAAACCAGGGAACUGGUAGCCAUCAAGAAGGUUCUCCAGGACAAGAGGUUCAAGAACCGAGAGCUGCAGAUUAUGCGGAAGCUGGACCACUGCAACAUCGUGAGGCUGAGAUACUUUUUCUACUCCAGUGGGGAGAAGAAAGAUGAGCUUUACCUAAAUCUGGUGCUGGAAUAUGUGCCCGAGACGGUGUACCGGGUGGCCCGCCAUUUCACCAAGGCCAAGUUGACCAUCCCUAUCAUCUAUGUCAAGGUGUAUAUGUACCAGCUCUUCCGGAGCUUGGCCUACAUCCACUCCCAGGGCGUGUGUCACCGUGACAUCAAACCCCAGAACCUGCUGGUGGACCCUGACACUGCUGUCCUGAAGCUCUGCGAUUUUGGCAGUGCAAAGCAGCUGGUCCGGGGGGAGCCCAACGUCUCCUACAUCUGUUCUCGCUACUACCGGGCCCCGGAGCUGAUCUUUGGAGCCACUGAUUACACCUCAUCUAUCGAUGUGUGGUCAGCUGGCUGCGUAUUGGCCGAGCUCCUCCUGGGCCAGCCCAUCUUCCCUGGGGACAGUGGGGUAGAUCAGCUGGUGGAGAUCAUCAAGGUGCUGGGAACACCAACCCGGGAACAGAUCCGAGAGAUGAACCCCAACUACACGGAGUUCAAGUUCCCCCAGAUUAAAGCUCACCCGUGGACAAAGGUGUUUAAAUCUCGAACGCCGCCUGAGGCCAUCGCGCUCUGCUCUAGCCUGUUGGAGUACACGCCGUCCUCGAGGCUCUCCCCGCUGGAAGCCUGUGCCCACAGCUUCUUUGAUGAACUGCGAUGUCACGGAACCCAGCUCCCCAACAACCGCCCGCUUCCCCCCCUCUUCAAUUUCAGUCCUGGCGAACUCUCCAUCCAACCAUCUCUCAAUGCCAUUCUCAUCCCUCCUCACUUGAGGUCCCCGGCGAGCACUGCCACCCUCACCCCAUCCUCACAAGCUUUAAGUGAGACUCAGAGCAGCUCAGAAUGGCAGCCAGCUGAUGCCACAGCUCCCCUCACUAACUCCUCCUGAGGGCCCCGCCAACUACCCUUCCAUCUGGGAGCCCCAAGUGGGGCUGGGAAGGGGGGCCAAAGCCCAUCAAGCUCCUGCUCUGGCUGGGCCCCUAGACAAGAGGGCAGAGGUAAAUGAGUCCCUGUUCCCACCUCCUGUCCCUCCCUCACCAGCCUCACCCCUAUGGUGGGCUUUUUAAGAGGAUUUUAACUGGUCAUGGGGAGGGAAGAGAAGGAUGGACGGGGUUGGGGGCUUGAGGACCUCCUACCCCCUUGGCCCCCUCCCCUCUCCCCAGGCCUCCACCUCCUCCAACCCUCCUCCCCUCCUGUGUCCCUUGUAAAUAGAACCAGACCAGCCAGUCUCCUCCUUUUCCCUUUCCUGGCCCCCGGGUGUAAAUAGAUUGUUAUAAUUUUUUUCUUAAAGAAAAACGUCGAUUCGCACCGUCCAACCUGGCCCCUCCCCUUCCUACAGCUGUGUUUCUCUUCUACAGCUGUGUCUCCCUCCUUCCCUCUGCCCUAAGGUCUUCUCCCUCCUCUCCUCACCCUAGAGGGCCGGGGUGGGGGGCUCCUGAUGUCUUAGUUUCCACAGUAAGGUUUGCCUGUGUACAGACCUCCGUUCAAUAAAUUAUUGGCAUGAAAACCUG